AUGGAGGAGCUGAGCAGCGUGGGCGAGCAGGUCUUCGCCGCCGAGUGCAUCCUGAGCAAGCGGCUCCGCAAGGGCAAGCUGGAGUACCUGGUCAAGUGGCGCGGCUGGUCCUCCAAACACAACAGCUGGGAGCCAGAGGAAAAUAUCCUGGACCCGAGGCUGCUCCUGGCCUUCCAGAAGAAGGAACACGAGAAGGAGGUGCAGAACCGGAAGCGAGGCAAGCGGCCGAGGGGCAGGCCCAGGAAGCACACGGUGAUGUCCUGUAGCCGGCACUCCAAGCUCAAGGAACCCGACGCCCCCUCCAAGUCCAGCAGUUCCACGUCUUCGUCCACGUCUUCCUCCACGUCCUCGGACGAAGACGAAGACAGCGACUUAGACGCCAAGAGGGGUCCCCGGGGCCGCGAGACCCACCCGGUGCCUCAGAAGAAGGCCCAGAUCUUGGUGGCCAAGCCUGAGUUGAAGGACCCCGUCCGGAAGAAGCGAGGCCGCAAGCCCUUGCCCCCAGAGCAGAAGGCUGCCCGGAGACCCGUGAGCCUGGCCAAGGUGCUGAAAACCGCCCGGAAGGACCUGGGGACGCCGGCCGGCAAGCUGCCCCCGCCGCUCAGCGCCCCCGUGGCGGGCCUGGCGGCCCUGAAGGCCCACGCCAAGGAGGCCUGCGGUGGCCCCGGCGCCGUGGCCAGCCCGGAGAACCUGGCCAGCCUCAUGAAGGGCAUGGCUGGCAGUCCCAGCCGGGGUGGCAUCAGCUGGCAGAGCUCCAUUGUGCACUACAUGAACCGAAUGAGCCAGAGCCAGGCCCAGGCCGCCAGCAGACUGGCGCUCAAGGCCCAGACCACCAGCAAGUGCGGCCUCGGGCUGGACCUCAAGGUGAGGACGCAGAAGGGGGAACUGGGGAUGAGCCCCCCGGGAAGCAAAGCCCCAAAGGCCCCCGGCAGCGGGACUGUGGAGCAGAAAGGAGGGAGUGCGGGGGGGCCCCCCUACGUCCACAGCGGUGGCAAGGCCCCUGCCGGGUGCCUGGGCGCCCAGCCUGCACCCGCCCAGGAGCUGAGCCCCCAGGUCUUGGACUUACAGAGUGUCAAGAACGGCACACCAGGGGUGGGUGCGGUUGCCCGCCAUGCUGCGGCCACCAAGGGCGUCCCUGCCACCAACCCGGCCACUGGGAAGAGCGCCGGGGGCGCCCCCCCCGGGGGGAGUGGGGCCAGCGUGUCCUGCGACACCAACAAGAGUGAGAAGCUGGCUUCUAGGGGGGCCGCUCUGCCCACCCCUGCAGGCAAGAGGGACUGUGUCAAGGGCAGCUCGGGCCCCGGUGGGCAGGAGGGCCACGCGGGCCCCGGAGAAGUGCGCAAGGCAGCCUUGCCGUCCGAGAUGAGCACCGGAGAGGAGAACAGCAGUUCCGACUCCGACCCCGACCCGGCCUCCCCGCCCGGCGCUGGACAGAACCUGUCUGUGUCUGUCCAGACCAGCCAGGACUGGAAGCCCACCCGCAGCCUCAUCGAGCACGUCUUUGUCACCGAUGUCACCGCCAACCUCAUCACAGUCACGGUGAAGGAGUCCCCCACCAGCGUGGGCUUCUUCAACCUGAGACAUUACUGAUGCCCCGUAGCCGCCUGGCUGCCCGGCUCUUGCCUGCCCUUCUCUGGCCUCUGGCUUUGCUUUGGUGAUGGCCCUGUACCCCGGGCCCUCCCCAGGGUCCGGGUAGCCUCCUUCAAGGGCAGGCUUGGAGGGGACUCCCCGAGGCCCUGCCUGUGGCUUCAGGCAGGGUCAUACCUUGAUGCCUUGCCAAGGCCUGGCCUUGCCCCCGUUUCUACCUCUGGGCCUCUGUUUUCACUUCCCAUAUGCCUCAGGAAGUCUGCCUCCCGGGUCUCUGGCUGAACGUUUCUCAAGGCCGUCCCCUGUUGGCUGUUUGAACUGCUCUCCCUGGCUUGUGAUGACAGAGUAGUGGUCAGCUUUCCUCUGGAUUUCCCAGGGGCGCAGCUGUUAGAGGAGAGAUCCAGCUUGGUCGUUCCUGCCCGGCGGUGGGGAAGGAAUGUGUACUGGGAAGUUGGGGGGGGGGGGGUCAGGCCUUGAAGGACGGCGUGCGGGCUCAGCUAGGUUUUUAGAAGAUGGGCCGUGGGCCAGGUAAGGGACCUCACCAGUCAGGACUCCGCUCAGUGCCUGAGCUGCCAAGGACUAGGGGUCUGCCUGCCUCCCUGUCCCUGCCCCCCAUGUCUACACCAGAGGGCUGUGGCCUGAAUGUAGGCUGGCUGUAGCUGUGCUUGGGAGCCCUGCAGACCUCCCUUGGUGCCCUGUAAGCCUGGUUCAGGUUAACGCCUGCAGCACCGAAAUGUCUUAGAGGUCAGAUCUGGGAGGGGUCGGUCUCGCAGCUGUUUGAUCUAGAGCCUCCCCAUUAUGGGGAGAAGCAGAAGGGUGUCUCUGGCUGCCCUCCUUUCUGCGUUCGUGCCAGGACAGCCGUGGUCCCACAGAGGGCCCCUGAGAGCCCCUGGAAGGUGGGAGUGCGGGCAGGUGCUUAGCCCAGCUCCCUCCCACGGCGGCCUCUCCCCCCAGGUGGACCCCCCCCCCCCCCCGCUCCCUGACAAUCCCUCCCGCCUUUGGGGGUUCCGUGUGCUCCCUCCCAGCUGCAAGGCUGUACCCUCGGACCAUUUGGAAGUGGGGCACAAUCUGGGCGCCCCACCUGUUGGAGGGCCCCCAGGAAAGGGCGAAUCUGCCUGUCCCCAGACAGCCGAGUCUGGGAGCGGUCUUGUGUGGCCUGUGGCAGAAAGGUGGGUCAGGGAGUGGGGACG